UUCGUGAUGUCUUGAAACCCAAGCAACCAGAAACCUAUAAAAACCAGAGAAACUCCCUUGCGAGAGCCGUGAAAAACCGGAGUAAAAUCAAAAUCUUAUUAUCAUUACCUUUCUUUCUUCUCAAGGGAUCUCAACUUCCCGUUUCGAUAUCUUCUUCAUUCAUCAGUUAAUCAACCCAGCCUGCGAUACAUACAGACCGAGCGAGAGAGAGAGAGAGACAGAUUACUUCUAGAGAAAGCUAUUAUGGCCGGAGGAACGGAAGCCUUUCCAGAUUUGGGAAAACAUUGCCAACACGAAGACUGCCAUCAACUUGAUUUUCUCCCAUUCAAGUGCGACGGAUGUCGAAAGAUAUUCUGUUUGGAGCACAGAUCCUUCAAGUCCCACGAGUGCCCGAAAUCUGAUCAUAAGAGCAGGAAAGUAGUGGUCUGCAAAAUCUGCUCUGUAUCGAUAGAGACAACGGGCAACAACGAGGAAGACGAGAAGGUGGUCUUGGAGAGACACGAGAGGUCCGGAGACUGCGACCCAUCAAAGAAGAAGAAACCCAAGUGUCCAGUGAGACGAUGCAAGGAUAUACUAACGUUCUCUAACACAAACAUCUGCAGAAUCUGCCAGCAAAAGGUGUGCCUCAAGCACCGGUUCCCCGCCGACCACGUUUGUAAAAAGCCGCUCGCUACUGCGGCCGCCCCCGGCACCAACAAGUUCUUGACUGCUCUAGCCGCCAGGAUGAGCAUCAAUUGUGGGGCAAGUCCCGGUUCCGUUUCAUCGUCUUCGUCAUCCAAUGCUUCUACUUCUCCCCCAUCUGUAAAAGCCUAUUGAGUUGCAAAUAAGAUGAAAGAGACCAUGUAUGUCUUUAAUAUAUAUGAUUCAUUAUUUGUGUAUGGAUUUGGUUUUAUUGAA